GAAGGUGCGCUCCGGCCGGCCCGGGGCCUGACCCGGAAGCCGCCGCGCGGGCUGCGCUCGCCUCUUGCCGGGGAAACUCCGGGCCACCCGAGUCCUUGGGCCAGCCGCGGCCUCCUUCCCCGGGCCCCACGGGCCCAUGGGUCUCCAUGACGACGGCAGGGGCCCGGCCGGGGGGCGGGCAGCCCGGGUGGGGCCGCGGCGCUCCGGGGGCCUCCGCGGCGGCCUGGCCGUGUUCGCCGCCGUGGCCGCCGUGUUCACCCUCACGCUGCCCCCCUCGGUGCCGGGGGGAGACUCGGGGGAACUGAUCACAGCCGCACAUGAGCUUGGAGUUGCCCAUCCUCCUGGCUAUCCUUUGUUCACUCUGGUGGCCAAACUGGCAAUUAUACUAUUUCCUUUCGGUUCAGUUGCCUACCGAGUCAAUCUUCUGUGUGGCUUAUUUGGAGCAGUAGCUGCAGCAUUACUUUUUUUCACCGUUUUCAGGCUUUCUGGCUCCCAUGCUGGAGGAAUCCUUGCUGCGGGGGUGUUUUCAUUCUCUCGUCUAACAUGGCACUGGUCCAUUGCAGCAGAGGUUUUCAGCUUAAACAAUCUGUUUGUGGGGCUGCUUAUGGCUCUUACUGUACAUUUUGAGGAGGCAGCAACCGCCAAAGAAAGAUCAAAGAUAGCUAAAAUUGGUGCUUUCUGCUGUGGCCUUAGCUUAUGUAAUCAGCACACAAUAGUACUCUAUAUUUUGUGCAUAAUACCAUGGAUUCUCUUCCGACUUUUAAAAGAGAAGGAACUCUCCCUGGGCUCUUUGUUGAAGCUGAGUCUGUGCUUCGGUGCUGGCUUGUUGCCCUAUGUCUACCUUCCUGUCUCGUCCUACCUCAAUCAAGCCCGUUGGACCUGGGGAGACCAGACAACAUUGCUAGGAUUUUUGACGCAUUUUCUCAGGGAAGAAUAUGGAACAUUCAGUCUGGCCAAAUCUGAAAUAGGAUCCAGUAUGUCUGAAAUUUUGCUUUCUCAAGUAACAAGUAUGAGGACCCAACUCUCAUUCAACAUUCAAGCCCUCGCAGUUUGGGCAAAUAUAUCUUUAGCAAGAAAGGACAGACAGAACCCAUCAUCAGUAUGGCUUUUUACUGGAAUGUUUUGCAUUUAUUCAUUGUUCUUCGCUUGGAGGGCGAAUUUAGAUAUUUCAAAACCACUUUUCUUGGGUGUGGUAGAAAGAUUCUGGAUGCAGAGCAAUGCUGUGGUGGCCGUGCUCGCCGGCGUCGGCUUGGCCGCGCUAGUUUCUGAGAGCAACCGAGUGCUAAACACCAGUGGGCUUCAGUGUCUGGAGUGGCUUUCAGCAACGCUUUUUAUAAUGUACCAAAUAUAUUCUAAUUUCAGCAUUUGUGACCAAAGGACGAACUAUGUUAUUGAUAAAUUUGCAAAGAACCUUCUAGCCUCUAUGCCUCAUGAUGCAAUUAUCUUACUCAGAGGAGAUUUGCCAGGGAAUUCUCUCCGUUACAUGCAUUAUUGCGAGGGACUGAGGCCAGAUAUUUCACUAGUGGAUCAGGAAAUGAUGACUUAUGAGUGGUAUUUACCCAAGAUGGCAAAGCACUUACCAGGUGUCAGCUUUCCUGGAAACCGGUGGAAUCCUGUGGAAGGAAUGUUACCUAGUGGAAUGGUCACAUUUAAUCUUUAUCAUUUUCUUGAAAUAAAUAAACAGAAGAAAACAUUUGUUUGCAUAGGAAUUCAUGAAGGUGACCCAACCUGGAAAAAGAACUAUUCACUUUGGCCUUGGGGUUCUUGUGACAAAUUAGUUCCUUCAGAGAUUGUAUUCAACCCUGAGGAAUGGAUUAAACUCACAAGAAAUAUCUAUAACUGGACCGAAGAAUAUGGAAGGUUUGACCCAUCUUCUUGGGAAUCUGUGGCCAACGAAGAGAUGUGGCAAGCAAGGAUGAAAACCCCGUUCUUCAUCUUUAACCUGGCAGAAACAGCAAAUGUACCUCCAAAUGUGAAGGCUCAACUCUACACUCACGCAUAUAACCCCUGGGUUCCUCAGACACCUUCAAGGAUCAUCUUGGAGCCUACUAUGUAGGAAACAGAUGUCCUGGCAUGGGCCAGUGAGACCAGAGCCCGGGAGCCAUAUAUGUGAGCACCUGAGGUGUUUCCGCAGCCUCUAGGUGCUGUGGGUCUACUCACCAGGGCAGUGGUUUAGAGCUAAGUCAAAAUCACACAGCGUCCAAUCCGUAGGACUCAUUUUACUCCUAAAUUUUGUGAUCGUGGGUUCAUUGUUCAUUUAUUCAUUUACUCACAGAGCGCUUAUUGAUCGCCCAGUCUGUGCCAAAUAUUGUGUUGGAGAUGACCAAGUAUUGUCCCUGCUACCAAAGAGGUAGCAGGCUAGAGAGGGAGACAGAAGAUAGAGUCCUCAGUUACAUUCAGUCUUGCAGAGGUGCUGUGGGAACAGCACACUGUACGUGAGUACACCCCCCCUGGCGAGGGGUGGUGAGGAAGGAGGGGGAAGUCUUCGGAGAUGUCACUGGAGUGUCAUCUUGAAAGCUCAGACGAGCUAGCCAGACAGACUGUGGGCAGGGUAGUGAGAGAGUGGGCGAGGAAGGACAGUCGAUAGGGACAAAGGAAGAACCCUCCGAGGUACCCACUCGAGGACAGCAAGGGAUCGAUUGCAGGAGGCAGCAAGCUGGAGUUCUGUCUGGCAUUUGGAGGAUCCAGGUUCAAGGCCUACUCCACCACUAAUUGUCAACUGUAAGUCAGUUAAGCAUUCCAGGCCUCGAUUUUUUCUAAAAAUAGAAGUGGGCUUUAAGCUUUAUUAAUUAUCUCUCAUGCCCUGGUCAUGUCAUAUCCUGUUCAUCUCUCAUACCCUGUGAUUCUAUGAAAAACAAAUAGUAUUUAGUUGGGAGAAAUCCCUGAGACUUACUGAUACUUCAUAUUCUCAUCAGUGACCUGUUCCAUGGCCACCGUUGCUAGGGCACCACUGAAGCUAAUUCACAGAUUCAUUGUCCCUUUGGACCUGGAAGCUUUACUCUUUCCAGUGGACACAAGUCCGUGGGUGUCUUCUUUGCAUAUGCCUCCAGAUAUGUGACUUUGUUUGCAAGACAAAUGAGGUCAAAUACUUGAUGGGUCAACACAAACCCACCCCCCCAGUACUGGUAUUUCAAGAACGUUCUUGUUAGGUGUAAGACAUUGUGUAUAGUAUUCCACUCAAUAGCUGAUGCAGAACUUUCAGUUCAGGAGACAUUAAGUUCAGGUGUAGUGGGGGAGCAGGGACUAUCCCCAUUAGCUUUAGGAAUGCAUUCGAUAAGUUGGUGUCCCCACUAAA